UACAAAUUGAUAACACUUUUGUUAUCAUCAUGAGUUUCAUUGCAACAUAUCAUUCAACGGAUUUAUCGUGAUGGAAGAUUAAAGAUGAUUUACAAAGCAAUAUUCACUAUUCUGUUCUUAACACUUUUGGAGGUUCAUUCAUACUCGAAUGAUGGCGGAAUAGAUGGCAAUCAGACAACACAAGUACCUGGUGCAAAAACAAUUGACCUUUUCACAUCAUCAGUGCGCGAUUCAACUUUACGCCGUAUAAAGAGUGACACCACAUUUACACAGAAAAAUGGGAAACAAACGCAAUCCCAAACUUCGUAUGAAAAUAAACAAGAAAUGUCAGACGUAAAUACCAGUACUACCACUCAAGCUUCAUUGAAAUUUUCGACAAAAAUUGAUGGUCAUUCAGUUACUUCAGAACAGUUUUCAAGAACAACACACUCAAUUCGGACACAUAAACCUCAAAGUGCAUUAUUCAGCAAAGAGCAUGUGUUAUCUAAAGGCACAACAUUGAAUAGAAGCAAGGAGAACAUAGCCAACCGUCCAACACAAAGAACAAAGGAUUUCAAUGGAACGACAGCAGAUUAUUCAACUCAUGGACAAAACGAUUCAAAAACAGAUGCACACUCCGAUUAUACAGCUCGUGGAGCGACGAAACAAGUUUCUUUUCGGCAGUCAACAACCUCUUUGUCAGAUAGAACUUUUACAGCUAGGACUACAACAGCAACUCGCCAUUUACUAACGAAUGAUUCUACUGCUGCGUCUUUUCCUACCCCUAGAAAUAAAACUAGUCCAUCUGCUUCAAAGUCUCUUCCGACGAAAUCAACCAUAUCUAAUAAACAUAAACUGCGGACCACAAAAGCAAACAAAAAGGACCCGACCAGUUUCUUUACUCCGUUGUUCACGAAAUCAAAGCAUCAUUCGAAGAAUAAUGUAAUAAGUUCGACAACUAUGACUUCUCUAGAGAAAAAUGUUUCUUCUCCAGUUUAUUCAAAACAAACAACAGACAGUAUUAGCAGUCAAUCAAAUACGGUGCCACACCCCGCGCACACGACAUCUAGAUUGCAAAUGUCUUCGCAUAUCUUUCAUUCAAAAAGCCAGAAACCGAAAUCGCACACAACAAGCAUUCAAACGAUGACGAUUCCUCACUUAUCAACAACACAUAAAAAAUCAAAACCAAAGGGAAAAACAAAGAUUCUCAUCAACGAAAUUGCAAUAUCACAGAACACACCAGAAGAACAAUUUAUUGAACUUAAAGUGUCCAGUGAUUACACACAUGAUCUUCAAUCGUAUGAGGUAGUGGUAUUCAGUGGAAUUGGCGAGGUACUUUCCACUAUGAGUAUACAUGGAGACACAGGCAAGCCCUAUGCUAUUUUGGCCAAUGAAGAUAUCCAUGUCAAUAUUCGAAAGGAGUUACAGAAAAAGAAAAGCAUAGCGGUAGCAGUUUACCAUCGCUCUGAGAGUACCUCCGACGUAAUAACGCUUCAUAGCAAAGGGGUGAUGGAUGCUAUUGUUCUCACCGCGUAUGAUGGACAACCGUCAGAUCAACUGAUGCAGAAUCUGAUGAAAGAUAACGCCUCUCCAUUCCAUGUGUCAUCGAGUGCAUUGACAAAUGGAGGGACCAUCAGUCGUUGCGCCGAAAACCACGUGCGUGACACGCAAGAUUUUAUGGAAAUGUCAGAGCCAAAGGCAACUAGAGGAUUUAGGAAUGUCAAAUGUCCAAGUAACAGACUUCCAACUGUCUCGGAUAACUCAAUAGAUAAUAUACAGCUGACUUUAAUAGUGGUGAUGUCGUGCCUUGGCCUGUUCUUUGUGAUCGUUCUCUUUGUUGUAAUGAUCAUGAAGCAAAAACAGCGACAAAUCAAGAUUAUGCAGAACUCCAUAAAUAUGAAAGAAGAUGAGGAUGAAGAAGUUGUUCUAAAGAUGGCCUCAGUGAAGUUUGAUAGCAACAUCGAAGAACCUCCAACUUUUGAUAAUAAUGUUUAUUUGGCGAUAAACUCUUGACUGUUUAUACGUUUUUAAACAUAUUAAGUACCUCACGCUCUUAUAUUAUAGUUAAAUGUUUUGUAUUUAGAGUAGAAUAACUUUACGUGGCAAUUAUUUAAUCUAUCAAGAUAAAAAAUAAAAUAUUUUUUGCACUGGA